AUGUGCAUUGACUACACCAGUCUCAACAAUGCUUGCCCAAAAGAUUGCUACCCCCUACCGAAGAUCGACCAGCUAGUCGACGCCACAGCCGGCCAUGCCCGUCUCUCAUUUAUGGAUGCCUUCUCCGGGUACAACCAAAUCAGGAUGGCACCCGAAGACCAAGAACACACAGCUUUCCUCACCGAGCAGGGGAUAUAUUUUUACAAAGUCAUGUCGUUCGGGUUGAAAAAUGCCGGGGCCACCUACCAGAGGACGGUGAACAGGAUGUUCGCCCACCAGAUUGGACGGAACAUGGAGAUAUACGUCGACGACAUGAUCGUGAAGAGCCGAACAGCCGACACUCAUUCUUCCGACCUGGUUGAAACAUUCGACACCCUACGAAGGUUCGGCCUGCGCCUCAACCUUGCCAAGUGUGCCUUUGGCGUAACCUCUGGAAAAUUCCUCGGGUUCAUCAUACACGAGAGAGGGAUUGACGCCAACCCAGAAAAGGUCCAGGCUAUCAUUGACAUGCAGCCCCCUCGGAUGAUCAGAGACCUGCAGCGCCUUAACGGGAGGCUGGUCGCCCUAUCACGUUUCCUUUCCCGAUCGGGAGAUCGCUGCCUCUCCUUCUUCAAGGCCCUGAAGGAUCCGAAGAACUUCCGAUGGACGACGGAAUGUGAGAGGGCCUUCGAGCAGAUGAAGCAACACCUGGCCAACCUCCCCCGACUCGCCUCAGUCUCCCAAGAGGAGAAACUGAGUCUCUACCUCGCCGCCUCCCAGCACGCGGUCAGUUCGGUUCUGGUCAAAGAAAACUCCGGCGACCAACUGCCGGUCUACUAUGUCAGCCACAUGCUGAGCAGGCCAGAAGGACGCUACCCGCCAAUCGAAAAGCUGGCGCUGGCGCUCGUCCUGUCGGCACGAAAGCUCCGCCCUUACUUCCAGACCCACCCGAUAGAGGUAAUAACUGACCAGCCGCUUCGGCUCGUUCUGUCUAAAUUCGACGUUGCAGGGCGCCUCCUCAAAUGGGCAGUGGAGCUCGGCGAGCACGACAUACAGUACACGCCUCGGACCGCCAUUAAAGCCCAGUCCGUGGCAGACUUUAUCGCGGAGCUGACCCCGAGUACAGGCGAAGAACUCGAGCCACCGCGUGACACGUGGACUCUCCACGUAGACGGGUCGGCCAAUGCAAAGUGCGCCGGCGCAGGGCUGGUGCUGGUGACACCCGACAACCGCUCGAUUGAGCGCUCCUUCCGCUUCGGGUUCAGGGCCACCAACAAUGAAGCAAAAUACGAGGCUCUCCUGGCGGGGCUCCGAUUGGCACUGGAGAUGCGGGUGACCGACAUACGCGUAACCACCGACUCGCAGCUGGUGGCUAGGCAGCUCGACGGCGAAUACAAAGCCCGGGACCCGACCAUGGCGAAAUACUUGGCACAGGUAAAAAACCUUGCCACCAAGUUCGUCCAUUUUGAAUUGUCGAAUGUUCCCAGAAGCGAGAACCAGCGAGCCGACACCCUGGCCAAACUGGCGUCCGACCCGGCCCCCAGGGCUCGACCCGAGACCGAAGAGCUCCCUCACCGAGCCAUAGAGAUCGUCGCCACAGUCACGGGCGGCGCGCCGGCCACUUGGGUACAGGAGAUGCUACGCUUCAAGCGGGACGGAACCCUACCCGACAAUAAAACUACGGCUCGACGCUUGCGUCGAACGCAGGCAUGGUACUCUGAAGAAGGAGGACGGCUGUACAAGCGGUCUUUCUCGCACCCCUUGUUACGUUGCCUAGAGCCGAACGAAGCCCAGACAGACGCGAAAGCUUUCGUGCGGCGAUGCAGCUCAUGCCAGGAGCAUGCCCGCACCGCCCGACGGCCGGCGGUCUUGUUCACCCCCGUCGACUGUGCUUGGCCAUUCGCGCAGUGGGGACUGGACAUACUCGGACCUCUCCCGCCCGCUUCCGGGCAGCGGAAAUACAUCAUCGUAGGAGUGGACUACUUUACCAGGUGGGUCGAAGCCAAGCCCCUAGCAACCAUCACGGAGACACAAGUGCAAAGGUUCGUGUGGAGAAACCUCGUAACUCGGUUUGGUCUGCCCCGGUCCAUCGUCACCGACAAUGGACCUCAGUUCGCCGGCAGGAGGUUCCAAGAGUUUUGCGCCAAGCAUAAGAUUCAGCUGAGGUUCAGCUCGGUGGCUUACCCCCAGGCGAACGGACUAGCUGAAGUAACCAACCGGUCCAUCAUCGACGGUCUCAAGAGAAGAGUGUCCGCUGCCCAAUCAGCCUGGAUCGACGAGCUCCCGAGCGUCCUAUGGGCGCUGCGCACUACCCCUAAGACCCCAACGGGGGAGUCUCCCUACAGCCUCACGUUUGGGACCGAGGCCGUGUUACCAUCCGAAGUGGCUGUCCCGACUCCGCGGACAGCAGGCUACGGAGAAGAGGCCUUGGGCGAAGGGCUCCGAUCCAACCUGGAUUUGCUCGAAGAAAGACGGGCCGACGCGCACCGGAAAACCCUUUCUUACAAAAGAGCCGUAGCAAGGGUCUACAACCGGAGGGUACGACCCCGAUCGAUAAAGCUAGAAGACCUGGCCCUGCGCAAGGUUGAGGUCAGCCACCCGACCCGAGUAAGGGGGAAACUGGCCCCGAAAUGGGAAGGACCCUAUCGAGUCAUCGGAGUGUCCCGACCAGGGACGUUCCGACUCGCAACAAUGGAUGGCGACCCCAUACCCAGGACUUGGAACAUACAGAACCAUAGGAAAUACUUCAUCUGA